AGAAUAAUUUGUUUUAAUCUUGAAUGGUUCGUAAGAGUAUAUAAGCGCUUGUGGUCUUUCCAGCUGAGCACUGGAACACAUCUACAGACUCUUCAUUUGGAACAUGGCUGGACUCCGUGCCUGCAUCCUCCUGGCUCUUGCUACCAGUGCCUUCGCCGGCUAUCUCCACGGUGGCCUAACCCACGGCGCUGGGUACGGUUACGGUGUCGGCUACGGUGCCGGCCUUGGCUAUGCUUCCGGCCUUGGCUACGGCCAUGCGAUUGGCCUUGGACAUGGCUUUGGCUAUUCUGGUCUGACCGGCUACAGUAUCGCUGCCCCAGCCAGCUACGCCGUUGCAGCUCCAGCCGUGAGCCGCACGGUGUCCACUUACCACGCUGCCCCAGCUGUGGCCACCUACGCCGCCGCUCCAGUUGCCACCUAUGCCGCUGCUCCAGCCGUCACUAGGGUUUCUACCGUUCAUGCCGCCCCAGCUGUCGCCACAUACGCCGCCGCUCCAGUUGCCACCUACGCCGCUGCUCCAGCUGUGACUAGGGUUGCCACCAUUCAGGCUGCCCCAGCUGUAGCCACCUAUGCCGCUGCUCCAGUCGCCACCUACGUCGCUGCUCCAGCUGUGACUAGGGUUGCCACCAUUCAGGCUGCCCCAGCUGUAGCCACCUAUGCCGCUGCUCCAGCUGUGACCAGGGUGUCCACCAUCCACGCCGCUCCAGCUGUGGCUAGCUACCAGACCUACCACGCUCCAGCUGUCGCCACUGUGGCUCAUGCUCCAGCUGUGGCCAGCUACCAGACCUACCACGCUGCCCCAGCCGUGGCUACCUACGCCCACGCUGCUCCCGUGUACGGCUAUGGAGUCGGCACCCUCGGAUACGGCGUCGGACACUACGGCUACGGACACGGUCUUGGCAGCUACGGCCUGAACUACGGUUACGGUCUGGGCACCUACGGUGACUAUACCACCCUUCUCCGCAAGAAGAAGUGUAAAAACAGGAGACAUUUGAAGACAGCUCAUUUCACUGCCAUCCCUACGGAUUUUGAAUAAAGAGCUCCCCGAGG